CAGCUUCCCCAAAGUCAUCGCAGCGCUUCUCCAACACUCUCCAGGAUGCAACUUUGUUUCCCAAAGGCAUUGCACCAGUCCCAGCAAACAGAGCGUAGCCGGUAGGAGCUGGACCCUGCCAUCACGGACUCUCCCAAUUCUUCAGUCGGCUCUUGUUCUGUGAACGAUUUCAAGCACAUUACAAUUUUGCUAAAAUUUUGUGGUAGAUGAGUUUAACUCAAGAAGAAAAGGAUGAUGCCAUAUGGCCUGAUGAAAAAGAGACUUUGUUUUUGACUGUGCUAUAUGAAAGAGUAAAAAAAGAUCCAACCGGGAAUCCAACAUUUAAGAAAUGUGUAGGUGCCAUUGAUGGUACUCAUGUAGCAGCCUCAGCACCCGCUUCCAAACAAAAGACGUUUCGCGGUAGACAUGCAACGGUCACACAAAAUGUCAUGGCAGCUUGUAGUCAUGACAUGUUGUUUACGUAUGUAUACGCGGGUUGGGAGGGAACAGGCAAUGACUCUCGAGUAUUUUUAGAUGCAA